AUGGAUGUUUCCGGUGAAGCACGUUACAAACCAACAUCUGAGUUCGAGGAGGAUAAAAAAGAUCCACUUGUCGAACUCAAUUUAACCGACUCAACGGAGCUAUGGCUCAUUCAGUGGCCCAUUAAUCAAGCUCCUGAUUUUGACGGGCAAGAACUGUCAUUAAAGCUUCACCGUGAUGGACAUUUGGGCAGUUUUGAUGGUUCUUCUGGAAAAUCGUAUGAAGUGGUUAGUUUCAAAUCCCAGGAUCCUGAGGCAACGGUUUUCUUAUCUUCGGCAUCAGAGUCAAAAAUUGCUGGGAAGAUCUCAAGGCGUGUAUCUCUUGUCCAUUACCCUGAACCUAGUGAACUUCAAAAGCACAAUAGCAGUAACUUGAAAGAGAUGUCUCAGAGCCUAAAAAGAGAGGACGUGUUGAUAGAGUCAAGUAAGUCCACUGGUCUGUCUGCCCAAGAUUCAGGAAGAGGAAAUAGUGCAGUUACCUCCACUGGAUCCUUGGACCAUUCUGACAAAAGAAAAUCAAAGAAGCAAAAGAAAAGUGAGGUUUAA